CUGAGUUAACUGCAGACUUCAGAAGUAGAAUUGUCCCAGAAAAUAGUGUGGUCUGAUGCCAUUUCUCUUUCAAAACAGCAAAUUCAUGUCAGAUAAAGCUGUUUAUAAGUGUAAACAUUACCGAUGAAAUGCUUCUUGCAUUUCUACAAGAACAUUAUUACAGUUCCUUGCAUAAGUAUUAGCACCCCUUGAAUUUUUCCAUAAUUCAAGUGUUAUAACUUGAACCUGACUUAAUUGGGAUUUUAUCCUUUUGAAGAAGAGGCCUAUAUUUUCACAUAUACGUUUCAGUGAAGUAAAUUCUUUCAUCACAUAGCCAAGCUUGUUAGGAAGUUGGGAUCCGAGCCAUGAUACAACACCUACCCGGAGCAGGAAGGGUUAAGGGCCUUGCUCAUGGGCCCAACAGUGGCAGCUUGGUCAUGCUGGGGCUUGAACCCCUGACCUUCUGAUCAGUAAUCACCACUGAGCCACCACUACCAUUGAUUUGCCUUUUAAAGUUUUUGAAUGUGCAAUAUACAUUUAUGACACAACGCUUAAUAAAACAUAUCUGACACAACGCUUAAUUAAACGAAAAAGCAGGUAUUUGUUGGUUGCAUAUGUAUUCAACCCAUUGAUCAGUAACUGGUAAUACAUUGGUUGAGACCACCUUUGACCUUUGAGGUCUGAGCUUUGACUUUUCAUUUAGUUUUAAUUAACUUUGGCAGUAUGCUUAGUGUUGUAGUCUUGUUGUUUGGAAGGUGAACCACAGGUCCAAUCUCAGGAGAUCUUGACCAGUUUUUCAGUCCCUGCGGAUGCAAGGAAUCACCACAGUGUGAUGCUACCUUCACCAUCCUUCACUGCAGGGAAGGUGUUCUGAGGGUGAAGAGCAGUGCUGCUGCCAGAUGUAGUGCUUUGUGACAAGGCCAAACAGUUACAUUUUGCUCUCAUCAGACCAGAGAACCUUUUUUCCCAAAUGUUGCUGAGUUUCCAACAUGCCUUUUAGGCAAACUGGGAUUUCAUGUGGCUUUUUAAUCAGUAAUGGCUUUCUUCUCGCCACUCUUUCAUAAAGCCAAGCUCUGUGGAAUGUCCAGGUUAUGUUUGUCUUUUGAACAGCUUUUCCGUUCUGAGAUAUGGAUCUCUCCAGCUCCUUCAGACUUGCCACUGGCCUUCUGGUUGCUUCUAUGACUUCUUUGUCACUGGUCUUUGCAGGACAGCCUCUUCUAGACAGAGUUGUGCCAUAUUCUUUCCAUCUUUUUUAGUAAUGGAUUUUAUGGUGCUCUGCAGGAUGUUCAAAGUUUGGGCUAUUGAUUGAUUGAUACUUUUCCUGAACUUUGUCCAGGACUUGUUUUGAUAGCUCCAUGGUCUUCAUGAUGCUGUUUGUUUAACUCUGGGGCUUUCCAAGAACAUGUAUAUUUAUAUUGAGGGCAUGUGGUACUUUAUUUGUACCGUAGGUGUACUCCAUUCAACUUAGUAUGUUCAUUCUGAUGGCAACUAAAUGUCCAACCAAAACUAAUUCAGGGGUUUCACAGCAAUGGGGAUCUGUGUCAUAUAAGGACCUGGGUCGAGGUGUGUAUGUGCCGUACACACAAGGGCGUUGGGAAGGUGAGCUGGGCACAGAUGUGGUAUCGGUCCCCCACGGCCCCAAUGUCACACUGAGGGCCAACAUCGCCGCCAUCACCCAAUCAGAUCGCUUCUUCAUCAACGGCUCUAACUGGGAGGGUAUCCUGGGGCUGGCUUAUGCCGAGAUCGCCAGGCCUGAUGAGAAUCUGGAGCCCUUCUUUGACUCUCUGGUGAGGCAGACGAGUGUUCCCAACCUGUUCUCCCUGCAGCUCUGUGGAGCGGGUUUCACUCAGAACUACAGCCUGGGCAGUGCCACAGUGGGAGGCAGUAUGAUCAUUGGAGGAAUUGACCCUUCGCUUUACGUGGGAGAGGUGUGGUACACUCCCAUUCGCCGUGAAUGGUAUUACGAGGUCAUCAUUGUUCGCAUCGAAGUCAACGGACAAGAUCUCAACAUGGACUGUAAAGAGUAUAACUACGAUAAGAGCAUCGUCGACAGCGGCACCACAAACCUCCGCCUCCCUCGCAAAGUGUUCCAGGCAGCUGUGAAGGCCAUCGAAGCAGCUUCUUCAACUGAGCAGUUUCCUUCAGGCUUCUGGCUGGGUGAGCAGUUAGUCUGUUGGCAGGCUGGCACCACGCCCUGGCACAUCUUCCCUGUCAUCUCCCUCUACUUGAUGAGCGAAAACCGCAACCAGUCCUUUCGCAUCUCCAUUCUGCCCCAGCAGUAUCUCAGGCCCGUAGAGGAUGUAGCCUCAGCACAGGAGGACUGCUACAAGUUCGCUGUGUCACAGUCGAGCACGGGGACUGUCAUGGGCGCUGUCAUCAUGGAGGGCUUCUACGUUGUAUUCGACCGCGAACAUAAACGUAUUGGUUUUGCCGUCAGCACCUGUCACGUUCAUGAUGAGUUCCGCACAGCGUCGGUGGAGGGCCCCUUCCACGGAGUAGAGCUGGAGGACUGCGGCUACAACGUGCCCCAGACAGACGAGUCCACCCUUAUGACCAUCGCCUAUGUCAUGGCGGGAAUCUGCGCCCUCUUCAUGCUGCCCCUCUGCCUCAUGGUGUGCCAGUGGCGCUUUGCCCGCUGCCUGCACCCACCAGGCUCCGGCGACUUCGCCGAUGACUUAAAUCUCCUGAAAUGAGCCAUAAUUUUAGCAUCUUGAGUCACAACCAGGUCACUGCUAGGACCGUACCAAGAGUUUGAUAAGAGAGGGGGAUCAGAAAUAAAGUCAUGGUGUACUGUAUAUAGGCAAAUGCAUCUAUAUGGCAUGUGAUUGGACUGUUGUGAUAUGGGAAGUUUGAUGGUCCCGUCUUAUUUAGUCUUUCAAGUGUGGACAGCCAUGUUGAGGCUUCCUAAGUGUAUAAUCUCUAUGACAAGUGCGUAUGUGUGUGUGUGUGUGUGUAUGUGUGACUAAGAGCUCCUACGAUGUCAUAACCUUUACUAAAACCUGAACCUUGAGAUAAUGAUGUGCAAUUUCUGAUUAUUAGUAAUUUAUAAUGCCAGCCUUUGAAGAGGAACUCACACAUUUACUAACUACACAGAGGACCUGCUAUUAUGAACAUAUUAUAAAAGCUUACAAAGAUGAACAAUUAUUUUAAAGGUCUGUUUAUGGAAAUAGCUCAUCUAUGUAACAAAAAGCUCUUUGUAUUUGCUAUUAUUUCAUUGAUUGUGAAGCUGAAUAGUAGUUUUGUGCUGGCUUAAUGUGUGACCUAUGGGAAUAUAUGCGUGUGCAUGUGCACACGCACACUAAUCUGAUAAUAUAAAUGUAUUUUUCACAUUCACACAUGCACACCCAUACAGAAGCACAGACUGACACAUAACUAGCCUUCAAAAAGCCCAUAAUCCCUAUAAGAAGGCAUAUGAGAUACAUGGAGAGUUUGGAAUUGCCUAUGCAGUAAAAUAGUAUGUUGUGUAUGUCAAGCUAGCUGCACUCCAGUCAAACAGUUAUUUUACAGAGAAUCAUUUUAAUGUUUACAGGCACAUUUUUUUUUUUUUUUUUACAUGAAUUAUACUGGACUAUGCUGAAAUACUACAGUAGGAUUCAAAUUGAUUUUCUGGAUUUUAUGUUUUCAUACAAAGCACUAUUCAACAUGUACUGAAUACAAAUUCAAAUCUGA